GACGUUCCGUCUCAAGGGCAUCACAGGCUCCAUGAUCGACUACAUCCUCGCGUCCAUGGGAAUCAAAUACCAGCUCGUGGAUCCGUCGGACCACAAGUGGGGCAACCUGGAGCCGGACGGCAGCUGGAGCGGCAUGAUCGGACAAAUAAACAGAAACGAGGCGGACCUGGCCCUGGGGCCGUUCGUGCUCACCGAGAGAGAGGCCAUGGUGGCCAACCCGUCGCCGCCGUACACCGACGAGGACAUGAUCAUCCUGAGCGGCGUGGCCAAAGAGCACAAGUCCAACGUGUACGGCUACAUCUCCGCCUUCGACCUGCACGUCUGGAUGGUCCUGCUCUGCUUCCUGGGCUUCGUGGCCACCGUGGCCGUCGUCGCAGAAUACCUGCUGUCCAACCCCGAGAUGAGCAUCCGGCAGCGUCGUCAGCGGCUGACGCGGAUCUUCUGGACCUUCGUGGCGUCGGUGUUCCUCGAGAGCUCGACGUUCAACUUCACGAGCCACUCGCAGCGGCUGCUCUUCGGUUUCUGGUUCCUCAUGAUCGUCGUGCUCAUGAACACUUUCGUCAGCUACAUGGAGUCGGCGCUCAUGCUCAAGGAGGAGACUGACCGCGUGGAAACCAUCGAGCAGCUGGCCCUCCAUCCCGACAUACAGCCUAUGGUCUUCGAGGCAGCGGGGUUCCUCCAAGUCAUCAGGGAAGCAGAGGGCCAGGCCUUCCAAAAAGUGCUGCGCAUGAUGGAGGAGUACGACCACGAAGAAGAGGUGCACGGCGAAGAGCUGUUCACGCCGCCAUACCUAUCCAUGGUCCUCAAGCGCAAGGCCGUUUUCCUGAUGGAGCGCAUCUCGCUGCUUGCCAGGGUCUCUCAACACUGCUACGACGUCGAGCUCAAGGGACAGGGGCUCUUCCACCUGGGCCGCAAGCGCAUCCUCCAGAUCAAGAUGGUCUUCUACGUGAGGAAGACCAUGGACCCCGUGCUGCAGGAGGAGAUCUUCAAGCGGGUCCGGUGGAUCAUGGACAGCGGCCUGAACCUGCACUGGCACGAGGACCUGAUCCCGGACCCCGGGCCGUGCUGGACCAAGUUCCACCCGGACCACCUGCACGACUACGCGUCCCUCAACUACCAGGACUUCGCCGUCAUCUUCUACCUGCUGCUCUGCUCGCACGGACUCGCCUUCUGCGGCUACCUGUCGGAACUGGUGCUCUUCCACUGGUGCUGCCUCAAGAGCCGCAGCCGCAUCGGACCCAACUCUUACCUCAACUGA